AUGCUGUCUCAACGGAUCCUAGCCCGGCGUCUGCCCCAGGUGGCUGCCCGCCACGCCAUUGCCCCCCGCGCAUCCUUCUCUCAGGUCGCCGCUCUCCGAGCUUCUGAAGCUGAGGACCCUCUACAGAAUGGUGGCUACCAGAACCCUCCCCGCGUGAAGCGUGCUCACAGAGACCCCUACGGUGGAUGGUGGGAUGCGCAAGAGAAGCGAAACUUUGGCGAACCUGUCCAUGAGGACAACGAAAUUCUUGGAGUUUUCAGUCCUGAACAAUAUACUCAUGUCUCUGCCGGCAAGGGUUUCUUCCACCUCGGUUGCUUCGUUGUGGCUUUUGUCAGCGUGUGUGGUAUCGUUAGCCUUUACUACCCUGACAAGCCCAGCGCUCCCAAGACCUAUGUUGAUGGUCUGGAGAAAGAGCUGGGUGGACCGAAUGCGUCACCGGCUCGCAAGGCUGGUGAAGACAAGUGGUAA